CCAGCAUGGCGCGCGUCAGGGCCGGGCAGAGUUUGUAGGCCGGGCUGACUUCUGUGUUUCAUACCGCAGGAUUCCUCUACUCACUUCAGUUUGCGGCACCAGUCACCCUCUCACACAGCCACACGGUAGAAGAACCAUCAUCACCAUGGUGCGGGUGAAGGCCAGGCGGACUUUGAAGACACUCGUCAUCCUGUGCGUCAUCGCAGGAUUCAUCAACAACUGGUCAUAUGUCAGUCAGCUCUUACGCUUUGAAUCACACCGGAAAACAACUGAAGUAGUUAUCAACCCACAUCCUUACAAACUCGUCAUCAACAACCCCCGGAAGUGCAGCGGAAGUGACGUAUUCCUGCUGGUCUUGGUUACAUCGGCGCCGGAGAACCGCGCUCAGAGGUCCGCCAUCCGACAGACUUGGGGGAACGAGAACAACGUGCCAGGAACCGUCAUUAAAACUCUCUUUGCGGUGGGGAAACCGGGCAAACCCUCCAUACAACACAGUCUGGAGGACGAAAACAUGGUCCACAGGGACAUCAUCCAAGAGGACUUCGUCGAUUCCUAUAAAAACUUGACUCUCAAGACCGUCAUGUGUCUAAAAUGGGCCUCCAAAUUCUGUCCCAGCGCCAAGUUCGUUAUGAAAGCUGAUGACGACACCUGUGUGAACAUCUUCAACUUAGUAAAACGUUUGCAAUUCACGGUGCCAGAGGAAUUUGUGACAGGGUAUCGUUGUUACGCGAGACCGAUUAGAGCCGUCGAUGACCGUUGGUACGUAAGCGAGGAAGAGUAUCCCCGGGAGACCUUCCCGAGAUACCCCUGUGGAUUCGCAUACGUCAUGUCCAAUGACAUCACCGGCCUAAUCUACCAGACCUCUUUGACCCUGAAAUACCUUUUUCUCGAAGACGUGUUCUUGGGACUUUGCUUAGAAAAACUGGCAAUCGACCCCGUGCACGACACUCGCUUCCACCAUUCAGAGACAACGCCAUCUUGCGAAACUGGUAAAGAAUGGAUUGCCUUUCAUUGGAUAAAAACUCAUGACGGUAUGGUUAAGGCUUGGCAAGACGUCACCAGUUGCGAGGAAUCCCUGUCUUAGCUUGAAUAAGAUCGCCUUUAAGCUUUUAUAACACCUUGCAUGGGAAGAUGUGCUGAAGCUUUUGUGAACAUACUCUACCAGAGUCUAAUCUGCAGUGCUGCUCUGGGUCAUGAAUUGGGUUAAAUCGUCAAAUCUUUAACGUUAUCUUUCUUGAGCACAAGAUGAAUAGCUCGUUUUCUAUUCUAUGGUGCCAUCCCUUUCUCUUAUGACAAUUCAUCGGGAGGGCGCAAGGCAGUAAAAAGAUACAAAUACAAUAUAGUAGGUAAAUCGGACAUUGUAAGACGUUAAAAUUACCCAAGCGAUUAUCCAUGAUACAAAAGAUGCUGACAUCGUUUUAAGAUGCUCUAACGGUUAGCACGUAGUGACAUUUCAGGUCAGAGACAACGGAGAUGACUAAUUUUUAGAAGACUCACGUUGUAAAGGAGAACUGACAGCUUCAUGAGCACGGUGUAAUGUCGAAUGACACGAUGUUCAUCGCAGCAAAGGCCAAAUAACUAGUGUAUAAACGCUUUUGUCAAGCUAGAGGCUUAGACUGAUAGGCAGCAGUAUGGCUAAAAGGUUUCAUGUGUGAAAUAAAAAAGCUU